UCGUCAGAGUUCAGACGAUCUGUAUUGCUCAACUCGGUGUAAGAUUUGUCAUCUAAGAAGAUAAUAUAUACUUACUUUUACUGUAAAGAACCCUUAGUUUAAAUACUAAAUAUAUUGUGUAUCUAAUAAAUCGAAUAUACAGUGCCAACAAGAAAGUGAUAGUGUGUAACAUUGUGUUUAAAGUUUAUGGUGUGGACUAAAAUCAAUACGAGAUGAAUUCUAUAUCAAGAACACCAAAAACUACGCCUAUAACGGAUGAUUACGAUAUCUCUAACACGGUCCUCGGCCUUGGUAUUAACGGAAAAGUGGUAGAAUGCAAGGAGAAGAGGACUGGUAUGAAACGAGCGCUGAAAGUGCUGCACGACAGCGCUAAAGCAAGACGCGAAGUAGAACUGCAUUGGCGUGCAAGCGGCUGCAUUCAUAUAGUCGAGAUAAUAGACGUCUACGAUAACACAUAUGGUGGUAAGCGCUGCCUGCUAGUCGUGAUGGAGUGCAUGGAUGGUGGCGAGCUGUUCCAGAGGAUACAGGACAAUAGAGAAGGCGCUUUUACGGAGAGGCAAGCUGCAGAGAUAAUGCAUUCGAUAUGUGUCGCCGUACGUCACCUCCACGAUUCGAACAUAGCUCACCGGGACAUCAAACCUGAGAAUCUUCUAUACACAAGCAUGCAACCGAACGCGAUAUUGAAAUUAACGGACUUCGGUUUCGCAAAGGAGACGUUGACCCCAGCGGAUACACUUCAGACCCCGUGCUACACGCCAUACUAUGUUGCUCCAGAGGUGCUGGGUCCCGAGAAGUACGACAAAUCGUGUGACAUUUGGUCAUUAGGUGUCGUCAUGUACAUUCUCCUGUGCGGGUUCCCUCCCUUCUACUCCAACCACGGCCUGGCUAUAUCGCCCGGGAUGAAAAAGCGUAUUAGACUCGGCCAAUAUGACUUUCCUGAGCCGGAAUGGUCGAAUGUAUCGUCCGAAGCCAAAAAUCUGAUCCGUGGAAUGCUGUCUGUGGAUCCAGCGAAACGUCUCACUAUACACCAAUUGGUGAUUGACUCAUCGCGCACCCCCACUCCGCAGGUGAUGGCCAGUCCGUGGGUGCGGCAGUACACGCAGGUGCCGCAGACGCCGCUGUACACCCACACGCUGCUGCGCGACGCGGGCGACGCGUGGGCCGACGUGCAGGACGAGAUGACACGCUCGCUCGCCACCAUGCGCGUCGACUACGACCAGGUACAAAUCAAAGCGCUGGAACAGAGUAAUAAUUCGCUGCUAAACAAGAGACGAAACAAAGUAGGUGCUUGAAGAAUUAAACAGUACUUAUAAAUGACCACACAGUGUGACCAGAACAAUUAAUGUUCAUGAUUUUAUACAAAAUGUAAACAAACAAUAGUGUACAGUUAUAUGAGUGUUGCCAGAUGUAUUUCUUUUUGUUAAAAUAUAUAUAAUAUGAUGGUUACAAGGUUAUUGCAUACAGAUGUAACAAUGUAAACAUAUUUAUAUAUAAAUAAAACUAUGAUAGUUUAUUAAAAUAAGCAUUUACUGCUUUACUUAUAAACGGUGAGCAGCGGAUGAAUAGUUAAACACUGUUUCUGUCUCUUUCUCUCAUAUUGAUUUCACUUUCGAAAAAAGAAGACACAGCAUUGUUUGACUAAUCACCCCCCUUAACAGAGAGUGCGUAACGGUGCGUUUCUAGCUUAAGUGAUAUUAUAGAUAAAAAAUGCUUUCUUGCAAACAACCUUUGGUUUUAGAUAGAUGUAUAAAUAGUAUGAGUAGAAUUAAAAAUCUCUCAUUACAAGCGUUCAAGCGUUCAAAAUAAUAAAUUAGUUUUGCCUUAUUUUUGGUUUAUAAAGUUGUGAUGAAACAAAUAUAUAUUUUAUAAUCGAAGUGGCAACACUGAUGUUAAGGCGAGCGGGCGUGUUGCGGGCUGGGAGGGGAAGUGGCGUUUCAGAUAAAGGAGAUCUUGUAUAUGCGUUUUAUUAUUUUUUAUUCUGGCUUAGUUUAGGGCAUAAAGUAGUUACAAUAGUUAUAAAUUGUACACACAAAAUCUAUUAUUUUAUUAAAUAUAAAUAAUAAUAAUUUACAUGACUUAUAAGAUAUAUGAAAUGUUUGCUUACAUUUUGUAUAUAAUCGUCUAAAACUAAUAUAAGAGUAUGAGUUAACGCUUUCAUAGUAAAUAAUGUGAUAUAUAAUGAAGUAAAUAAGGACAUGGAACCUGAGAAUAAAAAUUUCGUCAUUAAUCAUGAAUAUAAAAACACUUAAUGCAUAAGUUUAAUGACCUCUUCAGUAUAUUUUGCCCAGCUGUGGGAAUAUAGGAAUGGUAUAUACGUGCUCAUACUCUAUAAACAGUAUAAGUAGAAAUAAACGUGAAACCCGACUACGGACGAAAGGGUUUUCCAAUAUGACUGCCAUAAAUUGAUGCUAUAAUAAUUAUGUCAUCAUUAGGAAUAUUUAUUUAUUUAUUUGGGAAACUUGCAGCAUAAUAUAACACAUAAACAUUUGAUAACAAAAUAAGUCUCACAUAAGCCAACAAAGUUUCCACUUUAACAUUGAAAUAUGCCAUAUUGUAUAUUAUUUUGUAUUAUAUCAAAUAGCAUCCGUCCAAUUGCCUUAAAAACUAGAAAAUUUUGAGUUAAUGUACAAACUGUUGAUAAUAUAAUUGGAAUUAGCUUAUAAACUUCGAUCACGUGUACUAUGAUGCACGUAUAUUUUUUUUUUUUCGUGUGUAGAUAGAAAUAUUUUUAUUAAUAUAAUAUUAAAAAUAUUUCGCCUGACUUUUCCGUAGUCGGGUGGUUAUAGUGAAUCUUAUUUUGUUCGCUUUUGAUGUCAAUUAAAAUGUUUCAAUUUGUAAUUGUUAAGACUGAAAGUGUUCAAUCAUUCAAUUGUUCUGGUCAGACGGUUGAUAAUUUUUUUUUUAUUAAUUACUUAUUAAUAAUUCAAAGCGUGCUUGAUUAGUUAUUUAAUAAUAAAUGUUAUUCCUAAAUGUAUUUGAAAAUGUUAAACUUUUCGUAACGUAAACAAAAUGGCUGAUUUAUUUAGCCGUGAAAUGGAUUUUAGGAUUUAAAAUCCGUUAAUAUUAUUGACAUCACAAAUUAUUUUCUUGAAAUAACAUUGAAUAUACAUUAAAAUCAAUUAUAAGACGCAUAUUGCUUGUUUAUUUUUGUAUAUUCGUUUAAUAUUUUUAAUCUGUAUACACAGAGUAUUAAUUAAAUGAAUUGAUGAAUAAAGUCUACGUUUAGAAAUAGAUUCUAUGUUUAAAUAUAUUGCCGCCCAUUUCUUGUCUGUGGUGCCGAGGCGGUGAUUUUGACGUUAGUUACGUCAAAAUAAAUUACACGUGUGAAGGAAAUUGUUGUGUAACUGAAUUCUUUUAGUGUUGUCGUACAAUUGUCACAUUAUAUCGAUAUGAAUAGAGCUGUCGAUAUGACUUUAAAUUACAAAUUAGCAUAAGUAUAUAAUUUUAAGUUAUAAGUAUUAAGCUGUAUUAAAAAAAUAGACAAAUUAUGUCUAAUGCAGUGGGCUUAGACAAAUUUAUUUAUCUAUUCAAUGAUAUAUAAGUUGAUAUAUACAAUGUAUAAAAAAAUAUAUGAUUUUCGAUGUCACAAAAUAGCCAUAAAAAUGUAUUUUUUACGUACAUCGUAUGUAUAGUGUCUAAGCUAAGGAUUGAAUGCUAUAUCCGAGGUGACAAUAUCGAUAUAUCGAGUUCAGUACAUACAUCACUAUUUAGUGCGAAUAUAUAGAUAUACGACUUUCUAUAAUCGAUUUAUAAUAAUUCAUGCUUAUACGUUUUUUUCAUUGUUAUAUUCUUUUAUUGUAAUUUGGGAGUGUUCAUAAAUUAGAUGAAGUAUAUUUUAAUGGUCCAUUGAAAAUCGUAACAGAGGUGUCUGUAAAAAUAAUUAGACAGCUUUGGCCUUGUAAUGACGUCAUUGCUCUAGAUCUUAAUAGUCUGUGGUAUAUAAGUCGUUGAAAUUUGAAUCGAGAACAAUUCGAGUGAAUAUUAAAGCUGAGUUACUGGUUAAUAUGAAUUCGAAUCGAGUAUUGCCAUUGGAAUAUAUUUUAAUUGGAGUUAAGGCAAAGAUUGAUUUGAGAGUGAAAUUAAGUAUGUAAUUUUUUUUAUUAUUAUUAUACAAUAUUUAGGAUGUAUUAAAAUAAUCUUCUCUUGUCUUAAUUAUUUUUUCUUUAUUUGUGCUAGAAGAAAUAUCUUCCAGAGAAAAUUGUGCCUCAUUUUUGUUUCUUUUUUCAUCUGUAACAUAAAAUGUUAUAAAUACAUUUCUAAAUGUAUCUAAAUUACCGGAAAAGGGGGAAGAAACUCCAAAAACACGCGGAAGUACAAGAUUUAUAAACACUCCUUUAUAUAAUGUUGCAAGUGUAAAAUUUCUCUCGAAUGCAAUGAUUUUGUUGAUGUAAAUUUUCUUUCAAUAUUUUUUUAUAAUACCGUUGUCAAUUGAAUGAAAAAAAAUAUUUAUGUAAUUCAUAAUCGGAUAAAUCUAAUUGUGCAUUUCCACCGAAAUGCUUGGUAGUUUUGUGUUGGUAACUUUCGUUGACAACUUAAUACAUGUCAAUAACUCGACAACACAAAGCUUGCCUAUUUCUCUCUUGUUUAUUCGCAAUUCAUAAAUAAAAAUGCUAGACGACCCAUGAUGUACAAAAUAAAGCUAAAUUAAUGUUUGAUUUAAAUGAA